AUGUCCUACCUCAAAACGAGGGACGUGAUUCCACCUUCUCCACCGCGCGAGUCGGCCUUGACCUUGACCGGCACCCCGUCCUCCAAGCCUGGUUCAUUGACCGCUGCCCAAGAGGAUGACGAGAAGAAAGGCCAGGAGAACGACGACCUGGGCAGGACCGUCACCACCACGUCGAUUGCCGCCGAUGGGUCCAUCCCCGACGGCGUCCUCACCGGUGCUCGUCUCUACCUCGUCUUCCUCGCCCUCAUGUUUUCCGUCUUUAUGUUCGCCCUCGACCAGAGCAUUGUCUCCACUGCCAUUCCCUCCAUCGUCUCCGACUUUGAGGCCUUCUCUGCCGUGGCAUGGAUCGUCACUGCCUAUUUCCUCACCCAAUGUGGCUUCAUCCUCCUGGUCGGCCAGAUGCUCACCGUCUUCAAGGCCAAGUGGGUCCUCCUCUGGGCCAUCUUCUUUUUCGAGCUCGGCUCCCUCCUCUGUGCGCUCGCCAACAGCAUGACCAUGCUCAUCGUCGCGCGCGCCGUCCAGGGCAUUGGCGCGUCGGGCAUGUUUGUGUCGAUCAUUGCCAUUAUCAGUGUCGUCACAAAGGUCGAGCAGCGCGCAGGCUUCAUGGCCGGCUUUGGAUUCGUGUUUGUCAUCUCGUCCGUUAUUGGUCCUCUUCUCGGCGGUGUUUUCACAGAGCACGCUUCAUGGCGAUGGUGCUUCUGGAUCAACCUCCCCUUUGGUGGUGUGGCUGCUGCUGCUGUCCUCUUCCUCCUGCCCGCACGCAAGCCGGACCGCCACCACAAGGACCAGCCCAAGACCUGGCGUGAGGCCCUCACCAAGAUGGACUGGCUCGGCUCGGCCCUUGUCCUCGUGUUCAUCACCUGUCUCCUCCUCGCCCUCCAGUGGGGUGGCAACGACUACCCAUGGUACAACUGGCGCAUCCCUCUGCUCUUCACUCUCGGUGGCGUGCUCGUCAUUGUCUUCUUCAUCUGGGAAUACUACUACAACAUCAACGCCCUCAUCCCGCGCGAGCUGCUCACCAACCGCUCGAUCGUCGCGGCCUCGGGCACGUGCUUUAUGCUCAUGCUCGCCAUGCUGGGCGGUACCUACCAGCUCCCGCUCUUCUACCAGGCCGGCCGCGGCCACAGUGCCCAAAAGUCCGGUAUCGACAUUAUCCCCUUCAUGGUCCUCGUGUGCGUGGGCAUCUUUGUCUCUGGCGGCUUUGUGACCAAGUUUGGCCACUACUGGACGUUUAUCAUCGUCGGCCCGCCCAUCGCCGCCAUUGGCUUUGGCCUCCUCUUCACGGUCCGCGAGGACACGUCCAACGCCAAAAUUAUCGGCUACCAGAUCCUCGCGGGCUUUGGUAUCGGCCUCGCGUUCCAGAACAUCAUCCUGUCCGCACAGGCAGAGUACGCCAAGCGGCCCGCCCUGAUUCCGCAGGCCACGUCCGUCGUGUCCUUUUUCCAGCUCACCGGCGCCGCCAUUGGCGUCGGUAUCGUCAACACGGUCCAGUCCGUCUACCUCAACACGUACUUGCACGAGUACGCGCCCGACGCGCCGUUUGAGAUUGUCCGCGAGUCGACGUCGGCGAUCGCCACCCUCAGCGACGACCUCAAGCCCGGAGUCAUCCACGCGUACGUCCUCGCCAUCUCCAAAUCGUACCUGCCCAUCUUUGUCGCCCUGGCCCUGUCCGUCGUCUUUGGCGUGUUCAUCCGCAACCACAACAUGCUCAAGCUCGGCGUCACCCCGGGCAUGGCCGUUUAA